CUUUCCCCUGCACACAUGGCUCCUUCUGGUGUCUCCCACAGGUCGCCGCGGGAGACGGACUGGCAGCGAGACCAUGAAGCGCGCCUUCCUGAAGCUGUUCCAGUCCGGGCAGAGCAAGCAGGACACCUGCUACGAAGGGGUCGUGUGCGAAGCGGACGCCGCCUCGGUCGCCUCGCAGGAUGUGUUUAAGGUAAAGCGCCUGGCGCCGCGCGAGUUCGGCGGGACUUUAAGUCCAGGUUAAGGGGGGGUAUAAGAUUGCAGCCUGAAGCAAUCGCGGGGCUACCGGGAGCAGGUAUGGAGUGUCUUCAGAUCUGUGCUUCUGGGGAAAUCCUGUUCUGGAGUGUCUGGGUCCUUGGUUUGUGAGCCUCUUUUCCUGCCAGGAUUAACCAUGGAGGAAGAUCCGUCGAAAAUUCAACAGGCCAAAGUUUUCCUUUUGGCUCACCUCCAUACUGGCAGACUCUGUACCUGUUGAAUCUCUUCCUGGUAAACAUGUUAAGUGCACAAAGUGAUGGUCCAAAGGCAGUUUCAGUACCCUGGCCAAGAAGUCCAGGAUGCUGAAAACUCAGCUCUUAAAAAUGAUGCAUGUAUUAGGACUGUACUUGUUUCUGGGAUCUAAAACUUCUCUAAAACCUCUUUUGGGACAGAAUGUUGGACUAGGUUACCUUUUACCAUUCUAUGGUUCUUCUAAAAAAAACAAACCUAUUUAUGUAGAAUGGAGAAGAAUGGAUGAGAAUGGAAUGAAUUUGUAGGAUGUUUUGAGUUCAGUUUAUGUAGUUUAAAAAGCACACGUUUUAAGGGUUACUUGUUGCUACUCUGUUUUGUGUUGCCUUUAACAGCAAUAUCACAACUAGCUCAAAUUAAUCUGGUAAUUUCCUAUGACUCACAAACAUCAGAUAUGCUGAUACUGUAAAAAGUUUUAAUCUUUUCGUUGGCCUUGAUCCAAAGGUUAAUAUAGGUCUUAGGACCUCUCUGCAUGUGGGAAAAAACAAAAAACAAAGCACGCAACAGACCCUCCCCCCAAUAUAUUCAUCAUAUCCACACUCUGGUUCAUAUGCCAUAAUGUACUAUUUCCAUGUAAUGAAUGCAAGUAGCAUUGCUGGAGAGAAAAUAGCCAUAUUCUUUGAUGUGAUCUCUUGUUUUAAAAAUUAUGUUGUAGAGUGGGUAAGCACCACACUAUGAUAUUUUCAGAGCUAAUACAGCUCAAUCAAAUGAGCCAAAACUAGAACCCUGCAUUUGCUGUCCUGUGAGCCUGGAGGAAAAGUUGAACAAAGAUAAGUGGGAUAGAAUCACAGACUUGUAGAGUUGGAAGGGGUCAUCUAGUCCACCCCCUGCAAUGAAGGAAUCACAGCUAAAAAAUCCCUGACAGAUGACCAUCCAACCUCUGUUUAAAAACUUCCAGUGAAGAAGAGCCCAACAUCCUCCAAGGUAGUCGGUUCUACUGUACAACAGUUCUUGCUGUCAGAAAGUUCUUCCUAAUGUUUAGUCAGAAUCUCCUUUCUUGUAAUUUGAAUUCAUUGUUUGGGUCUUCCCCUCUGGAGCAGCAGAAAACAAGCUUUCUGCAUCUUCCAUGUGACAGCCCUUUAGAUAUAUUAGGCAAAACAUAUCCAACUCCCUCAACCGUUCCUCAUAAGUCUUGGUUUCUACACUUUUUAUCAUCUUGGCCACCCUCAUCUGCACUCUCCUUUAUUAGAUUAAAAGAUGAUUCAUACAAAUGUAAUCCAAUUUUGUUAACUUUUAGCUUCUGGCUCUACUAGAUUAAAAGCAAUUAGCAUGCAGGUGCCAAGGUAUCCCAAAAACAAACAGCCAACCAGUAUGCCAAGCCAGUAUGUCUAUAGAAUGUGGCAUUUCAGUACUACAUUCUCUUUGAAAAUAAAUAUUAUUGCAUUUUUAAAAAAUAAUAAUCCAAAAUUAGGUGAUCUCAGAUGGAAGUACCUGCAGACUACGAAGUUUCAUUAAGAAGAAUCGGGAUGGUCUUAAGAAACUGGAUGAGCUAAAUGCCACUCCAUUGCAUCAUGCUGCAGCAGGAGGUCAACUUGAGCUAAUGCAAAUGAUUAUAGAUGGUUCUUCAACUGAAGGUGACAAAAAUGAUUAUUAUUACUUUAAAGCAUGUAUCUAUUGAUCAGCACAUAGAAAAUUUCAUGGGAGAAGUCUUGUGUUCUAGUCUCAGCAUGUUGGGAUGUGUAUCUAGUCAGUCAACUAAACUCCUAUUCAUUCCAUAGUAUCAUGUUUUGACUUUAUUAAUAGUUUGAGCACAAGUGCAGAUGAUCAGCUGUAGAAGGAUUAAUGCAUAAUGGAAUCUGACUGAUGCAAAAUAAAUUAUAUAGAUGAUGAGAAAAGGCUAGAACCCUUGCUAACAAAUCAACAAUGGGGAAAGAAGAAGAAGAAGAGUUUGGAUUUGAUAUCCCGCCUUUCACUCCCUUUAAGGAGUCUCAAAGUGGCUAACAAUCUCCUUUCCCUUCCUCCCCCACAACAAACACUCUGUGAGGUGAGUGAGGCUGAGAGACUUCAAAGAAGUGUGACUGGCCCAAGGUCACCCAGCAGCUGCAUGUGGAGGAGUGGAGACGCGAACCCGGUUCGCCAGAUUACGAGACUACCGCUCUUAACCACUACACCACACUGGCUUGACACACAGGUGCUUUUGAAACAGUUCUGAAUGCAGAGAUUAGAGGUCACCCGCAGCCUGAAAUUUGUAGAUUCCACAAUCCACAUAACUUGAUAACCACACAGUAUAGCAGCUACUUCAUUAACUAAUGAGACCACAUUACCUUUGUGUGUGCCUCUUCACAACAAAUCCCCACACUACCAUAUGUAGGUCUACUAAAUGUUUUCACUGUCUCUUGCUGCGUUGCCUUGAGGCAUCAGCCUUGCAGAGGACAUUUCUCUCUGCUUAUGUACCCAUGUGGCACUCAGGUGACAAUGGUAGGUCUUCUGGUGACUGGUGAAAGGAGCAUGUGAUGCAAAGGAGAUGAGCUUAUAGCUUAUUGGAAUGUUGCCCACUUCAAAAAGCAGUUGUAGUGGUGAGCACCCAAGUAAUAUUUGUGUGCAAUUCCAUUCUCAGGGUUAGUCAUCUGUGGACAAAUUUCUGUCUCUUUGUCUGGUUUCAUGAGUGCAAAGCAGCCUUCUUCCACUGUGGAACAAUAGUCCUCAUCCAAAGCUGCCAUAACAGUCUUCUGUUCAGGGCAUUCUACCUUCAGGGCAACUGCAGCAAUGCUUGCACAUGCAGACCUGAGUCUGUUUCCACAGACUGAGAACUCAUUACUUUACCACUUGGCUAGCAGAUUGAGCUCCUCAUUUACAGUGACAUCAGAAGGGUUCACAUAGAAUUUUGAAUGUGCACCUCCAUGGUCUGUAGUUUCAGGUUGCUGUGUGUGUUUGUGUGCACGUGCAAAGAACAACAUGCAUGCCUUGUGCCCCCUAAAUCUGUUCUGGAGGGUUGAGGGAAGCACCAGAACAAAUUUAGGAGGCACUGUGGUUUACACUGGAGAGGAGAGGCAGAAAAGUUAAAUUGCACAGCUAAAAGUUGUUGCACUAGUAUAACUAUUUAAUUGGAUGCUGCCCUAGAUCUGCAUGUCCAAACUUAUGUGUUUCUUGAGGAGCAGCUCCCUAUAGCACAUGAUUAACCGCUUUUAAAACUGAGGGGCCUUUUAAAGCAGUUAAAUGUUUUCUGCAGUUCAGAGAAAAAAACUGAAAAGUAGAGAUGGACAUGCUCAACUUCUUGGCCAUAUCUAAAGUAGCUCUUUAGAUCCCCAGACCAUUCUGUUUCACUUCUGUUGAGAUACUUCUGUGCUGUAAAUAGUGGUAACAAAAAUGACAUAUGUAUCCAGUCCUCCAUAUAAUACUAAAUUUUGUUUGUGCCAUUUCUGGAACUUCUCUGGGGAAGUUGGAAGUGCCUAGUAAUUUUCUGGCCAUCAAAUAGCAAACAGAGACUGGCAUCCAACUAGCCAUACUCAGAGCAGACCCACUGAAAUCAGUGGGCUUCAUUUACUUGUUCAUUUGUUUCUGUAGGUCUACUCUUGAGUGUGACUUAACUGUGGAUAUGUAUGGUGUAGUUAAAGUGGGUAGAGAGAAAGUUUUCUUCCUCUCUCACUGUACCAGAAUGCAGGAGAAUCCAAUGAAGCUGAAUGUUGGAAGACUCAGGACAGGUAAAAGGAAGUGUGUCUUCACACAGCACAUAGUUAAACUAUGAAUUUCACCACCACAAGAUAGUGAUGGCCACCAAAUUGGGACAGCUUUAAAAGGAGUUUAUAUAAAUUCAUGUUGGGUAAAGCUGUCACUGUCUACCAGCUGUUCUGCUUCCAAAGACAGUAUGCCUCCAAAUACCUGUUGAUGGGGAACACAAAACAGGUGAGUGUCCUAUUUGUGAACUUCCCACAGUGUUUGACCACUGUGAAAACAGGAUGCUGGACUACAGUGACCUUUGGUCUGAUCCAGCGAGACUUUUCUUACUUUCUGAUCAACCAGGUAAUCUUAGUGAUUUUUAAAUUUAAGAGUCUGCAGGUAUAUUAUAUUGCUAUUACCGAUCUACACCUAAAAACGUUCUGGUAGUUCUGUAAAAUACCCAUGCCCAUUGAAAAACUGGGUCUGUGAUGCAUGAUCACUUUACCAUGCAGUCGAACACAGCCUACAUGACCGCAUCUAUUCAGCACAUUUCAGUGUCAUGUGACUUGGUAAUUGCACCAGCACCAUCUUCCCAAUUCUCCUUCCUCCUGUUUUCUCCCCUUCUCUGGUGACAUAGUACAGCUUGUACCACCAUAACUCUUAGGUGUCUAGGCUUUUAGGUACUGUGUCUGUUUUGAGAGGAAAAACAUUUAGGAAAUGACUUGGAUAGGAACAUAGCCCAUGUAAAAGCACCUGUGUGUCAAUUUUGCAUUUGGAAUUAUACUUCUCUAUUUACUGGAUUUAUUUUCAGAUGGCUAUAUCCUAUUGUAGAAAGCACAUCUUUGUGUCAUACCGUGGAAGCAGCAGAUCAAUAACAGGCUGGCCUCAAAAAAGCAGACAAUUAGAAUGCAUUUACAAGUACAGAUAAGUAGAAAAGGCAUUAACUGCUCUUUUAAGAGUGUAUCACACACUUUCAUUUAGAUUUUAUUAUUUAAAUUUAAAGUAUGCAAAUGAUACGGGACAAAAUCUGCUGAAUAAAGGUUGGCACUUGCUAAUUAAUCUAACAUCUGCAUCUACAGUUACUAUUUUUGUUAAAACAUUAUGAUUAUUAAUAUCAGUCAUUGUGUGCAUCAUACAAGUGUGAUAUAACAUCCGUUCUGUUUUCUUACCCUUUGGCCUAGUGCUAAAUGUGACUGACUGCUCUGGAAACACACCACUGCAUUGGGCCACGAAAAAAUCCCAGAUUGGAAGUGUUAAAUUACUUCUCAGCAAAGGAGCUAACCCAAACAUUCUUAAUUCCAGUAUGAUGGCUCCACUUCACUUGGCUGUGCAGUGCCUUCACAAUGAAUUAGUUAAGGUAAAGUUUAAUUCCAAGUUCAUACGCUUGCCAAUGAAAAGAGAAUAGUAAAGCGGUCUCUAUGUGAAAUGGUUUUGUUUUAUUAAAUAUGUAUGAAUGGCUUCCUCCAUCAGCUCAUGCAGUUUUCUAGAGUGACUAGGGGAGAGUGCCCGGCUCUGAAAAUAAUUUGAUAUUCAAAUAGAUAGUGCAGUUUGUGAGUUUGAGCCCAUCACACUAAAAAUUGGGCAAAGUCAUGUUUUGGUCCACCAUCUUGAUUCAAAACGGCACAUGUCAUCCGAGCAUCAAUGAAGACCACCGCUCCCGCUGCAGGAACCAUCAUGCUGAGUUUGGCUAUGAUAUCUCAAGAGGCAGCCAAGCCUAUGCCAACAAAGCCAUACCAAAGUUGUGUUUGGGUCUGCCAUCUUGAUUCAAAAUGGCUCCCAGCAUCUAAAUGGUGACGAACCCCAUUUUCACCACCUCAGGAACCAUCACACUGAGUACAGUGAUGAUGUCUUGAGAGGUGGAUGAACCUAUGGAGGGCAGAUGGACAAAUCGUUUUCCAAAAUAUAUACAGCCGUUCCCCAUCCCUCCCACUUAUGCAGUGGUUACGUUUUGGGCCCGUGCACACAGAAGUGAAAUUGUGUAAAGUGGGCAACACCCUCUAAAUGCCCUUUAAAUGCCUUCUCUGCCACUCUCUCUUCAAUCCAUACAAAAAUACUUUAUCCAAAAAUCUCCACAUUCAGAAUGGAAGAUCUUUGGCUGGCAAGUCACUGGAGGGCAUGCGGGAAAGAGGCUGCUGCAGCUCUGGUACCCCACACAACAGCUUUUAGAUUGGGAGGCUGAGCAGGCUCAACAAAUCCCUGCUGUGCCUAUGGUCUCUUCAGGGCUUCUUGCACCCUUAUUGACAUCCUCUUCAGGCUCCAGAGAGGGUCUCCUCAUGAGCCAUGAGGACUUUCCAGCUCUCUCCCUCCAUUUCCGGGUUCAAAUCUAUUUAUUUCUUUGUGCCGCACAUAUACACAGUCAUGCCCCACAGUCAAAGUGGGGGUGGAGUAAUUAAUAUUAUUGUGCUGGUCCCGGGGGUAAGGUACCUUGGGUGUAGCAGAGUCCACACGAAGAGGGGCAAGGUCCGAGGCAGAGAGCCGGGCGGGGAACAGGAAUGCUGGAACAGGAGGCUGUGCAGGGAACAGGAACACCGGAUGGUCGGGAACAGGAGGCCGAGCAGGGAACAGGAGUACCGGAUAGUCAGGAACAGGAAGCCGAGCAGGGAUCAGGAACACAGGAAGGUCCGAAGCCAACAACGACGUUGCUCCCGCAACCUGGGGCCGGGCUGACUGGGCUUUUAUCCUCUUCUAAGGCCAUGGGCGGUCCCGGUCCCCAGGAGCCCCGCCUCCUCUGGCCUUAAGGCGAGCACUCCUCCUGGGGGCAACCAGCUCCCUUCGCCUCUCUGCCCUAAGCCUCUGCAGAUCAGGAGAGGCCGAAGGGUUACUGGGCCCUGGAGGAGGCUCACCUGUGGCCACUGAGUCAUCAAGCCCCUCUGGGGCCCGAAGAGCUUCACCUGGGGCCAGCUCCUGAUGCACUGCCACAGGUGCAGGCUCUUCAGCAUCAAGGCCUUGCCCCAGUUCAGCCGGCCCUGGAGGCGGGGACUCCUGUGCAGGCCGGGAUUCCUCUGUUUCAUCCUCCGAAUCGGAAUCCCAGGCCAUCACACCAUCCCCCUCCCAGGCCCCCCUCAACCGAGGUCCGGACCCGGCUUGCCGGGAUCGUCGCAUGGAACUCUCGGAGGCAGGCAGGUGCAUGGACAUUGGCCGCUGGUUCCCAGGAGCGGUCCUCCGGUCCGUACCCCUUCCAGUCAAUGAGAUACUGCAGCUUUCCCCUGCGGUAUCGGGAGUCCAGGAUGCGUUCCACCUCGUACUCAGGCUCUCCCGAACCAACACUGGCUGCGGUCGGGGACGGUUCUGGUGGAACUCGUCGGGUGGGGCCACCGGACUCAAAAGGGACCUGUGGAAGACCGGGUGAACCUUCAGGGUUGCGGGUAACCGGAGACGGAAUGCCACAGGAGAGAUUUGGUCUACGAUAGGGACCGGGCCGGUGACGCGGGCGUCCAACUUCCGCGAAGGUCGAGAGGGGUGGAGGUGGCGAGUGGAGAGCCAAACCAGGUCACCGGCGCGAGUUCCGGCCCCACCUGGCGGUGGCGGUCGGCCUGGGCUUUGUGCGCUUCCUUGGCCUGAUGCAGUUGCUCCACCAAAAGCUGUUGCUGGGACUGGAGCUCUUGAAGCCACUCCGUCACCGCCGGGACCGCGGAUGCCGGCAGCACCUCUGGAAACAGCCGUGGAUGAUAACCAUAACUGGCCUGGAGCGGGGUCUGCUGGGUGGACGCAUUCACCGCGUUGUUAUAGGCGAACUCCGCCAAUGCCAGGUGGUCGACCCAGUCAUCCUGCUGGUAGCUGCAGUAACACCGGAGGUACUGCUCCAGCACCGCGUUCGCCCGUUCCGUCUGGCCAUCGGUCUGUGGGUGGUAGGCUGACGAGAGGCAGACCUCUGUCCCGAGGGUCUGGUGUAAUGCUCGCCAGAACCGGGAUGUGAACUGAACGCCCCGAGUCGGACACCACGCGCUCAGGUAGUCCAUGCAGGCGGAAGACAUGCUGAAGGUACAGCUGAGCAGUUUCCUUGGCUGUGGGUACAGAUGGACAGGGAGCGCAGUGCACCAUCUUGGUGAAAUGGUCGGAGAAAACCAGAAGGCAGGUACAGCCACGAGAUGAGGGUAAGUCCACUACAAAGUCCAACGAAACUGUGUGCCAAGGGCGCGGUGGAACUGGCAAUGGCUGAAGUAGGCCGGGGGGGUCGCCCGGUAGGCCCCUUGGCGCGUCGGCAGACAUCACAACCAGCAACGUAGCGAGCCACGUCAGCCUUCAGGCGGGGCCACCAAAACUCACGACUGACCAGAUGGGUGGUCCGAUACCGUCCAAAGUGCACCUUGGUGCGGUCGUCAGGAAAGUUCCGGGCUCGCCCCUGAAUAUACAGCUUGGCCUGGGCCAGGAACAUGGGAAAGCUGGCCGGGGCUCCAUCAAAUUUCUCAGGCAAAGCCACUGGGUACUUGCCAGGAGCCGGGGCGUCGGCCCCAGGAGCCGGUAGGUCCUUCCAAGCGUUGUUGAAGUGCCACAACCGCGUCACUGAGCUGCUGCACGGUGUGAGUCAAGGCCUGGUUCUUCUGGGCCAAAGCCACCAGUGCAGCCGCCUGGUCGGCCAUGGCCUCUGGCUCUUCCCGAACGCACCCCUACGAAGGGGGAGUGCGGGUUUGGCGGGAGCAAACUGUGCUGGUCCCGGGGUAAGGUACCUUGGGUGUAGCAGAGUCCACACGAAGAGGGGCAAGGUCCGAGGCAGAGAGCCGGGCGGGGAACAGGAAUGCUGGAACAGGAGGCUGUGCAGGGAACAGGAACACCGGAUGGUCGGGAACAGGAGGCCGAGGAGGGACCCGGAGUACGGGCUAGUCAGGCACAGGGAGCCGAGCAGGGGUCAGGAACACAGGAAGGUCCGAAGCCAACAACGACGUUGCUCCCGCAACCUGGGGCCGGGCUGACUGGGCUUUAUCCUCUUCUAAGGCCAGGGGCGGUCCCGGUCCCCAGGGCCCCGCCUCCUCUGGCCUUAAGGCGAGCACUCCUCCUGGGGGCAACCAGUUCCCUUCGCCUCUCUGCCCUAAGCCUCUGCAGAUCAGGAGAGGCCGAAGGGUUACUGGGCCCUGGAGGAGGCUCACCUGUGGCCACUGAGUCAUCAAGCCCCUCUGGGGCCCGAAGGGCUUCACCUGGGGCCAGCUCCUGAUGCACUGCCACAGGUGCAGGCUCUUCAGCAUCAAGGCCUUGCCCCAGUUCAGCCGGCCCUGGAGGCGGGGACUCCUGUGCAGGCCGGGAUUCCUCUGUUUCAUCCUCCGAAUCGGAAUCCCAGGCCAUCACAAUUAUGGGCUGAGUGAGGUGGAAUCCUCACACAUAUAAAAAAUGUUGUGAAAAUGCUUUUAUUAAAAAAAGUUUUGAAAACGACAUUGAAUUUGGCAUAGCUUACUGCUGCCAUCUAGUGUCACAUUUGUAUUUUGUGCUUUACAGCAAAUUUAAAACAUUUUAUUUGCAGCUGUGUAACUGAGUCCUGAGUUAAUUCACACAUACCCUUCCCUUUAUGCUUGGCUGGUUGAUUACUUCUGUGAUGGUUGCCGGAUUGCUUCACUUAGUGUUUAUUUGUUUGUUGUUAUGGAUUGUACAUUUGUGGAAGAUUUUCUGUUGUCUACUUGUUUAGCUUUAAUGUAAUCAAAUGUAGGUGAAUAUGCUCCAAGCUUUUAUUGCUUUUCUGCUUGUUUUUCUUUGUUGUGGAAGUCUCAAUAAACUCUUAAGACUCUGAAGAGCCCCACACCCAAAUAAUAAGGUAGUCUUAUGAUCUGAACUGUAAAUUAACAUUUAUGAAAAUUUUGUGCUGACAUAUUAGUGAUUUAAAAUCUGGACUUUACAGCAUGCUGUACUAUCUCAUGGAAGAUAAAUGCCUCAUCUCACUGGCUGCAAGAUGAAGCAGAGAAUCAGUAGCUCAGUAGAUUUACGGACUUAUUCUUCAUAUUUUAAGAGCAGCUUGAUCUGCAGGCAGAAGCAGACUUUGGUCUUUCAAAUUUCAGUGGUGCCGUGUGCAAGACCAAAAUUCAGCACACACACACACACACACACCUCUUGCGUUCUGUUUUGCUCAAUUCACUAUGUCACAGUUGUGGUGCCCUGUGGCGUCCCCUAGGCUCGGCGCCCAAUGCGGCAAAACCCUAAAUCCACCUGUGGUACUGAAGUUUUUUGAAAUAUGGAGAUAAACUGUUGAAAGCACACCACAGAGCCAGAGUGGGGAAAACUCUUUUUUUUGUCAAGGGCUACAAUCCUUCAGAAGCAAACUGUCAAGGGCCACAUGCAUGGAAACGAAACCUGUGUUGGGUAAAAAGGUAAAGGUAAAGGGACCCCUGACCAUUAGGUCCAGUCGUGACCGACUCUGGGGUUGCGGCACUCAUCUCGCUUUAUUGGCCAAGGGAGCCGGUGCACAGCUUCCGGGUCAUGUGGCCAGCAUGACUAAGCCACUUCUGGCGAACCAGAGCAGCGCACGGAAACGCCGUUUACCUUCCCACCGGAGCGGUACCUAUUUAUCUACUUGCACUUUGACAUGCUUUUGAACUGCUAGGUGGGCAGGAGCUGGGACCGAGCAAUGAGAACUCACCCCGUCGUGGGGAUUUGAACCGCUGACCUUCUGAUUGGCAAGUCCUAGGCUCUGUGGUUUAACCCACAGCGCCACCCGCGUCCCUCUGUGUUGGGUAGGCAGGAGUCAAAAGGCUGAUUCUUUUCAACACUUCAAAACCAUCAUUCAUGCAGUUAUUUGUAAACUCUAGGAUCAAAUGAUACAUGUGAGGCUCCAGGUGGCUUUAGAAUGCAGUGGGAAGUCUUGUGAAUGGCAUGGAGAAAACAUAUCUAGGCAAGUUUCCAUUAGCCGUACGUUACCUGCACACAGAAUUAAAGGUCCAGGCCCGUCACUAGAACACAUGUCAGAUGGCCUGUGCCUGAGACAGUUGCUCUGGAGUUACCUAUGGGGAAAGAGAGUGGGUCUGCCAAUAAUUACAUAGAUGUUCUGACAGAGAUGUGUUUUAUUUAUUACUCCUGAGAUAAGCACAGCAAUGAUGUGACAGAAGAGCCAGACUUUUAAAUUUAAUUUUAAUGUUUAGAUUUUCGUCGAACACAGUGCUACGGAUGUGAACCUGGAAGGAGAGAGUGGGAACACACCCAUAUUACUUGCAUGUUAUAAAGAUAAUACUGAAGCACUGAAACUUCUGGUAUGUGCAGAAAAUUAUUUACUUUUUUGUUUGCCUUUCUCUGUGAAUCAGUGUGGUUCUCUUGCCUUUUCAUAUUUCUAUAUACUGUAGCAAGUUAUGUGUCUAAGCAUUGCACAUGCAAUCAUUAGAUGUGGCAUCAAGGAGCUGGUCACAGGCAUCUACUGUGGAACCUAUCAGAAAAUUAGAAGCUCUUGUUUUUUGAAAAGAAGGGUCAAAAGUUUACCCUAACAAAUUUGUGUGAUAAAACAUGAGGUGAAGGAACAGCAGGUGGACUUUUACUUCCUUGCUAGUCCCUGCUUGUUGUCAGCAAGCUUUCAUCUGCAAUUUUCAUAUGAAUUCUGAGAUUUUAUUAACUUGAAGUCCACCAGACUUUCUUAUUCCCAAAAGUAAAGACCUAGAAGGGCAAAAAAAGCGAGAGUCACACUCUUCUAGAAUCUGCUGCCAUGGCCAUCAGCCUAUGGACUAUGACUCUCCCUGCCCCUUUAUCAUUGAAGAGGCCUUUGGGGUAAUCUUCCAUCUCUUAAUGAGAGAGGCACUGAUAGGCCCCACGUGUCAGCAUCUCCAGUCAUUGCUAGUGUCCCAGCUACUGACCCAUUGGCCUUAGCCUUUCACAGGUGCCAGUUCUGAUCCAAAUAUAGUUACAUGUGUCUAUCAUCCUUUUGAAAUCAAUAAGUAAGUGCUUAAUAUGUUCUAAGUAUUCAAUCUGUGAACUGUUUAAGAAAUUGUCAUCUUAAUAUCGGAUAAUUCUCUUGCAGAUAAAAAAUGGUGCUAAAAUAUGUAAAGCAAACAGUUUAGGAUGUAUGCCAGUCCAUGCUGCUGCAUUUUCUGGUGCAAAAACAUGCAUGGAGAUUAUCAUAAAGAAGGGUAAAUACAUUUUACAAUAUUCCAUCAAUAUUUAUUUCAUUCAAAGCAUAACUCACCAAGCCCUGUUUCUUAAAACUAUAGCCUGAAUUCAGAUCACACAUUUCCUACGUCAUCGUUGCAAUUAUCAGUUAUAUGAAGAUAUCCUUGUAAUAUUCCUUUGUAAGGCAAAUCAAGCAAGGAUUUUAUAAGAUAGUAUUUUAUUAAAUAUUAUUUGAACUGAUUAUUUAAAUGUAUAUUCAAUAUAUUGAGGUAAUAUUUUGGGGAUUAAACUCUGAUCUAAAUCUCUCUUUGGCCCAUAGUCUCACAAAAACUUAUGCAUCUGUUUUUCUCCUUGUAAGCUUAACAAAAUCUAAUCAGGUGCAUGAAUUAGGUUGCUAUUUAAUUGAUUAUACUUAUUACUUUAUAGUCUUAACUAAAUACAGUUGCAUAAAUCUGUCGCAACAUCAAAAGAUGCUUUGGCAAAAUGAAUAUGCUGCAAAAUGGGGAGGAAGUUUUUGUUUCUACCUCUUGUCAUAUAUGAUAUCCUGUUAUUUGUAACCAUCUAUUUUUUAAUCAUUAAGGUGAAGAAUUAGGCUAUUCCCCUAAAAACCACAUCAAUUUUACUAAUAAUGGAAAGUGUAGUCCUCUUCAUCUGGCAGUUCAAAGUGGAGACUUGGAAAUGAUUAAAAUGUGCAUUGAAUAUGGAGCCCAAAUUGAUUUGAAGCAGGUAAGAGCUAACAAAACACACGUUUAUUUAAAUAUACUGUGCAAGAAAGUUAAAGAAUGGAAAGGCUCCCUCUGUUCACCAAGUACUUUGAGUAUGAUGGAAGGAAUCCUGCCAGUGCAGAGAGGGGGUGUUUUCUGCAAAUUCCUUGCUCUCCUUGCAGUAGCCAGUGCCAUACCGCACACUAUUGUGGAGGGCCCCCAGCCCUCUGGAACAGUAUGGGAGGUGGGAUUGGGAUUCCAGUGGGAGAAGAGAAUUGGCAAAAAUCGCCCCUGCUAUGUGCAGGAACAUCCCCUGAGAGGAACUGUGUUCUGGGAGUGCUUUUCCCCAGUAGGAGCACAGUCUAGUUCCACCCAGAUUUCUGACUGAAGAUGUAGACAACAUAGUGCACACAGCAAACUCAUUACAUUAGCUCAUUAUGUGGCAUGAGGCUAGUUUUUGUUUCCAUACUUCAAAAUAAUAACCUGCAGGGGCAUCACAUCUCGUUUUGCUGCCUGAGGAGAAAUGGGAGCGUGUUUGCCAUGCCACUGUGGGCAUGGGACAUGGGUUGUAUGGCUGCAGCCACAAAGAUGGCAGCAACAGGUCUCUGGAAGCCAGCAUCACUUUUCUGGUGGGGGCAGGAGGGGCGCUCACAAGGCCGCAGCGUCUUGGUCCUUUGGUGUCCGAGGCAGCAGCCCAGCCCACCUCAAGGAUGGGCCAGCCCUGAUAAUUUGUAUGUAUGUGUAUAUGGCUGUAAUAGGAAGUGCUUGUGCUAUAAAUUGGCCAGUGUGCAAAAUGAUAGUUGGAAUUUGACCAAGACCCUUGUUCUAAAUUUCAAGUCUAUAAAUGAGGAGUUGAGUUUUGGACUAUUAUGGAAAACUUUUAAACAUUUGCAUAGGAAUGGGAAUAACUGUAAGGCUUUCUUGUGCUUUGCGUUCCCACUUUUAGAGUGACAAAUGCACAGCUCUUCAUUUUGCUGCCACCCAAGGAGCUACUGAAAUUCUUAAACUGAUGAUGUCAUCUUAUGCAGGCGAUGAACCUAUUGUUGACGCAUUAGAUGGAAAUAAGGAAACAUUGCUUCACAGGUGAGGCCUUUGCCUAAUUCUACUUUAUUUGAAUAUAUUUGAAGAGGUCAUAUUUAAUGUGGGGGGAACAGGCUGGAAUGUGCUCCCUCAUCUAUCAUCCCUACUGAUUUGUCCACUGGGUAUAUUUAAGACUCUGCACUGUCACUGAGAGUUGGGUAGCUAACAGCAAUAAACACUUGGUGCAUUUCAAUCAAUGAGCAUGAUCCAAAGCAUUUUGUAUGCAGGAUGUUUUCAGUUUUUGAAGGGAGAUCUCCAAUAAGGGGAUUUCCUUGUCGCCGCCAUGAACAAGAACAGGGAAAUACCACAACAUGUGCACAUGGGAAACCUCUAAUAAUGGCCAAGUCUGCAACAGGCAGCUAUUUCAGACUGUCAAAGAAAAUCAUAAUGCUUUAUACUUAAUACCAUUAUGUUUUUAUUUUAACAACUUGGUUUGCUUUUCAUUAUUCCUAUAGGGCUGCAUUGUUUGAUCACUAUGACUUGGCAGAAUAUCUGAUAUCAAUGGUAAAUAUUUAAUUUUAAUUGAGUUUAUAAUGGUAAUAAAGGUCUGUGCUAACUUUACUAUCAGGUUGCAUAGUAACAUGCAUGAAAUACAUACUUAAAAAAAUUAAUUUCCUGUUUAGCAAGUACAAAUGGAUACGGAGGGUGGGGCAGCUAUAUGUGUAGAAGUAACUUUGAUACUAUGUAAUAUAUGCUUGGAAAUUACAGUGUCAGAAUCGGUGGGAUCCAGUGAAAGGAACUGCCUAUAAAUUGUUGUUGCUAUCAUCGUCAUCAUCACCAUCAAUACAGUGGUACCUUGGUUUACAACCAUAAUCCAUUCUGGAGGUCCGUUUGUAAACCAAAACAGGUUGUAACCCAAGGCGUGCUUUCGCCAAUGGGGCCUCCAAAUUUUUUUUGUUCAUAAUCCACCCCCCAAAAAUGGGUUGUAAUCCAAAAAAAAGGUUGCAAACCGGGACACGCACUUCCAGGUUUGUUGUGUUUGUAAUCCAAAACUUAUACAAGCCAAGACAUGUGCAAACCAAGGUAGCACUGUAUUGGAUGAAAAUUGUAAGCCUAGCAUCCUAUCAGAUAAAUAGGUCUGGGUUUUGUUUCUUUGUUUUCUAGUCACCGUUUCAAACCGCCUUUGCUUUUGCCUUUCCUUCCAAAAACUGCCUUUGGCGACAGGGACUUUGCCGUGUUUUUGUUUCAUCCUUGUCAAAAUGGAUGACAUUACUGAAGUUUGAAAGUGUAUCCUGAUGUAGAGCUGUGUAUAUUUCUGUGCAUAACACAAAGUACAGAGUCAAACAGAUACUAUACUGUUGCUCAGGGAUAUACACACCUACAAAUAUUUAACACCAAACUUAAAUCAAAUGUAACUAGGGCUAGGGUGUGAUGGGAUGAAAGGAAAGAGCUAAUCAUGAAAUACAGACACAAACAAAAAGAAUAAAAAAGAAAAGGGGUCCAAGGGAAUUAGAUUUUAGAAAAGGCUGGUCCAGAUUAGAAUAAGAAGGUCAUAUAAGCAAAACAUAACCACGUUCACAGAUCUGUUAAUUUUGCUGGUCCUGGAAGAGUCAAUCUGCAAAAGAGUAUUGGACAACAAGUUCUGAUUUUACUUGAAUAUCCAUUCCCAAAACAUUUUUGAUUGGACAGCCCUAGUAAAUCCCUUCUUUGGUUGGAAGCUGCAGCUGUCAGUCAUGAGAUGGAGACAGACCUGAAUAACAGCUGUUUUUUGUAAAUCCAGAGGUGGAGAAUCAGCUGUUGCUUAUGUUUCUCUUUCCUAGCAGACCUUUGUGCAAUCUGAUACCUGCAUAUACCUAAAAAAUUCUCAUCUGAAUGUCUGCCACCUCCACCCACAUUCUGCCUAAAGGCUCUGAUCAGAUGCAUACUUAGGGUGUUACAACCAGCCAAGUUUUUUGUUUUUUGCCUCCCUCACUUGUUUACUAUCUAGCUUGAAUAAGAGUUCUGGAAGACUUGACUGUUUGUGGGCUAUUUUGUGAUGUUUUAGUUAAGUAUUGGCUUAAUAUGUAUUUUAGAAGCUCACUUGAUUUAAGAGGAAAAUAGGCUACAGCUUUUCAAAGCAAAAACGCAUCUAUAGUAGGCUUCCAAUUUAAUUACCUACAACCAUUCAUACAGUUUAAUGGAAUUUUAAUUGCAGGGAGCAAAGAUCGAUAGUGUUGACGUUGAAGGUCGAACUCCACUACUACUUGCUACUUAUUGUGCAUCAUGGAAAAUUGUGAAUUUAUUACUAUCAAAAGGUACAAGAUAAGAAAAAAAUAUGCAAUAUGAACAAUGUUAUUAAAUGAGAACAUGCCUAUUAGAGGUCAUCAGCUUUGAAAUCUCUGCUAAUUUUCUUUGUUUAUUUAGGAGCAAAUGUAGAAUUAAAAGAUCAUCUUGGUCGUAAUUUUUUGCAUCUAACAGUACUACAUCCUGGAGGAUUAAAACACCUGAAUGAACAGUUUUUGAAGGUACAAGAAACAUCUGCUUAUGUAUGUUAGAUUCAUGCACUAAUUCAUAGUGUUUGAGAAAUAUUACUCUCAUUUUCUUCAGAAUUUGCUUAUAAAAGUUGUUUACAUUUGCAUUUUGCUCAUAGUAUACAACAUAGCUGUUUAAAUAUUUCAUUCUAUGAAAUAUUGCAUACAUCUGGUGCCACAAAACAUUGCACAAAUGCAUUCACAUUUUAGAAAGAGAAAGAAAUACAGAGGAUUAGAGGUAAAAUAUAACUUUUUAUUUUUUCUUUAAUUGACAUAUUUAUAAUUGCAUACCUUUCACCAACACCUCAGCUGGGGCAUUAAAAUAUUCAGCAUACAUAUACUAGGAAACAUAUUUAAGUUCAAAGUGGAAGUGCACUUUGUGGCUACAUUCACACAGCAAUUUAUGCCAUUUUCCUGAUGGUUAUUUCUGCAUUUUAUUUGAGCUUUUAUAAAAUGUAAAAGCCACUUCCAGAAAUAUAGUGGAAUGUAGCUCAGGUUUAGCACUCAUUUUCAUCUUAUUUGCAAAGAGAUUUUUUCUGGAACACAGAAAUGAGUGCUAAACUUGUGCUAUAUUCUGUUGUAUUUUCAGAAGAAGCUUUUACAUUUUAUAAAAGCUCAAAUAUAAUGUGGAAAUUAAUAGUUAAUGUUGGAAAAUGGAAUAUACUUCCAUGUGAAUGCAGCCCUUGUCUACAGUAACAAAGAAUAUAAGGAUACCUUAUGGAAAGCUAUUGUGUUUAUGGAGUAUCAACUGCCUUAACUACUUAUUGACCCAAUUCAUUGCCUUCUAAGAUGUACACUGCCAGGGCUGUCUUAAGCAUAUGCAGCACCGGGGUGCAAAGAUCUGCCCGGCACCCCCCCAGGUUGUCCAGUCCCAGGCGUGCAGGAGGGCAGAGCCGGCCAGCUGCCUCAGCGUCUUGCUUGCUCGGUCGCCCCCAAACCCGCAGGGCAGAGCUGCCUGCAGCAGAAGAGUCCAUUGUGGCGCUCCGACUGACGGUGGGCUCUUCCCCAGACUCAACUCUUGGGCCCCAGACUCUCGGCCUGGCACCCCUGAGAGCCCGGCGCCUGGGUGCCCAAAACCCCUAGCGCCUAUGGGUAAGAGCCCUGUACACUGUGAAUAUUUCAGUCUAAAACCCUCCAAAAUGUUCAAUGAAAAUGUGUUAUAAUACAUUCCACUACAUUUCCAGCCACUAAUCACAUUCACUUGAUUCUUUGAGGAGCCAUAUACCAUCUGAACAGAAUCUUGGAUUGAGUCUCCUUCAAGUGAGAAAGACUUUUUUGGCUCAUAGAUUUUCUGCCAUUCCGUCUCUUUAAUAAAGGUUCCCAGAUAUCUCCCCCAAAGCAUAACAUUCUCUCAUUAAAAUAAUAAUAAUUGCAAUUUGAUAGAAGCAAGUAUUUCUUUUUUUAAUUCUGAUUCUGUUGCCUGAUUUGUCUUAUCAUGUUUCUUUAGUGAAAAUUCAGUGAGGACUUAAAUACAAAAUGGGUUUUGCAAAAAGACAGAUUCCAUAAGGUGCUGUUAAUGUGCUGUACUCUUUGUAUGUAGCAGAUGAAGCAUAUUAAAGAUCUCAUAACGGAUGAAGAUAACGAAGGGUGCACUCCUCUACAUUAUGCAUGCAGGCAGGGGGUUCCCCUUUCAGUGAACAGCCUCCUUGAACUGAACGUUUCCAUCUGUUCUAAAAGCCGAGAUAAGAAAUCUCCUUUGCAUUUUGCAGCUAGGUAAGCCUAUGUCCUCCCUAAUUGGCUGUUUCACAUUCCUGAUGUCAUCAUGAGUAUAUGCAACAAAAGUUUUGGGGGGUUUUUUUGUUUUUAUAUGUAGCUAUGGGCGUAUCAACACCUGUCAACGACUCCUCCGUGAUAUGGUAGAUACCAGGCUCUUGAACGAAGGAGAUAAGAAAGGGAUGACUCCUCUGCACUUGGCUGCUCAGAAUGGUCAUGAGAAGGUAGUGCAGUUUCUCUUGAAGAAAGGUGCCCUCUUUCUCUGGUAAGUUUUUUGUUUUCUCUCUCUCCCCCCCCCCCCCCCCACGUUCAAGUUAACAAUAGAAAUGUAACUUGCAUAUAUUAGAUGUACAUAGCCUUAGAAUAAUUUGAGUUAUCAAGAAAAGAACCCUGUUCAAGAAAGUGAUAUAUUUUGUGUUUAAUUCAUUGACAAAGAUGCAAAGAUAACUGUGUGACCAAUAACUGAGCAGUGUCUCUGGGUAGCUACUGGACGCAUACAUAGGAAUAUAGGAAACUGUCCCCUAUACCAUUGAUUCCCCUACACCAUUGAUUCACUUAACUCAGUGUUGUUUACACUGAUUGACAGCGGCUCUCCAGGGAUUUUGACAGGUGUCAUGCAACAGAGAUGAGAUGAAAUUUCACGUAUUUCCAGCAGCUGUUAAAUCUAGCUUGGCAUGCUAUAAUUGCCAGUCCAUAAAGCCAGUGCUGUCAGUUCUGGUCACCUUUUUGGUGAUGUGAAAGAGGGACUUGAAUUUGUCACCUCUGUCCUCACAUAAAUGGCCAGGUCUGUCAGAGUGCCACCUUGAUUGAUCAGGGCUGUAUUCAUGUUCAUGAUACUAGUUAUUCUUCAAUUUUAAAUACAGUGGUACCUCGAGUUAAGUACUUAAUUCGUUCCGGAGGUCUGUUCUUAACCUGAAACUGUUCUUAACCUGAAGCACCACUUUAGCUAAUGGGGCCUCCCGCUGCCGCUGCACCGCCGGAGCACGAUUUCUGUUCUCAUCCUGAAGCAAAGUUCUUAACCCGAGGUACUAUUUCUGGGUUAGUGGAGUCUGUAACCUGAAGCGUAUGUAACCUGAAGCGUAUGUAACCCGAGGUACCACUGUACACUAUACAAAAUAUUAAUAUUGCAGUGGGAAAUCACAGUGCCAUGUAUUUUUACACAAACCACUUAUAUAUCUGUGUAGUUAUGGUUUUGCUUUUUCCAGAUCCAUGUAACAGCCUGAAUGUAGACCAAAAAUUAUAGUAAAGCACAGUAUGUAAUAAUAUGACAAUACCUUGUUCUGAUUUAUUUCAAUCUGUUUUUCGAAGUGAUUAUAAAGGCUGGACAGCUUUGCACCAUGCUGCAUUUGGAGGGUAUACUCGCACAAUGCAGAUCAUUUUGAAUACUAAUGUGAAGUGCACAGAUAAAGUGGAUGAAGAAGGGGUAAGUCUUGCGCAAUCUUUAGCAAUAUAUAAUAAAAGUAUUAUGGAGUAUCCCCAUUGUACUACUUGGCAUGCAGAAGGGCUGCCAUAUUCCAGUUCCCCAAAUCUUGGCUGACUAACCUGCACAAUAUGCACAUUAUUUACUAAUUAGGCAAAACAUGUGGUGGGUUGGGGAAAGGUUAAGCAACCCUCACACUGCGGGACGGGGACAUCGUAAAUGGGAAAUAAAUAUGUAACUGUUUCAGUUAGUUCAUAUUCUAAUGACAUGGUAUUUGAUAUUUUAUCCUUGUGGAAAAGAACACGGCCCUCCAUCUUGCUGCCAGAGAAGGCCAUGCCAAAGCCGUUAGACUGCUUCUUGAUGACAGUGCCAAAGUACUCUUGAACAAAAAUGAGGCUUCUUUUAUUCACGAAGCCAUACACAAUGGGCGGAAAGAUGUCGUAAACACUGUCAUCUUACAUAAAAGGUAAGAAGCACCUGAUACCCAGCAAUAUAUAAUAUCUAGCAUAGAGAUCUAUUAUUUUUCACACUUUGUGUCUACCAUACAAUUUUAACAGUUUGAUUUCUGUACCAUUCACAUUUGCUUUCCCCCAUGAAUUUGUACUGCUCUUUCUCUUAAACGUUAUCAUUGGAAAAAGUAGCUGGUUAGAGAAGAAUUUUGAAUAUCUUUCUCCACACUUCUCUCUGUGAGACAGGAGGGGGAACAUUUUUUUUGUCUGUGAGGCCAAUCCUGAUUGGGGGGAGCUCCCCCUUUAAUAAUUUAUCUGUUCCUACAGCAAAUUCUAGGGGACGCGGGUGGCGCUGUGGUCUAAACCACAGAGCCUAGGGCUUGCCAAUCAGAAGGUCGGCGGUUUGAAUCCCCGCAACUGGGUGAGCUCCCAUUGUUCACCCAGUGAUUUCCCUGCUUUUGCCUGUUUAAUUGCCUCUGCCACUUCCUGAGAUGUUGUUGAUGUAUUUAGAUCUAUUAAUUUCUCCUCUCUGAUUUUUUGUAGGUUACUCUCUUUCAAAUACUUACCUAUUUCUAUUUCCCCCCCUUUCCUUUCCUGUAUAAAUCCAUGAAAUAUUUAACAAAUGCUUUCCUAAUUUCCUUCAAAUUAUCUAUAACUUUUUAAUUUAAUUUGAUUUGAUUUAUAAUAUUCUAUGACAAAAAUAUUCUAAGCCCACUCAACUUGGUUUUUUUCAGAUGGGAAGAGACUGUUGUAGCAUUUUCUCACCAUUCAAGUACAAAUAAAUGUCCUCUAAUAGAGAUGGUUGAAUAUCUUCCUGAAUGUUUGAAAGUAAGAUUAUAUACUGAACAAUUUAACUUGGGAUUAAAAAAACAUAGGUUUGGCUCACAUGUAAAAGAAUCUGUUUUAUACCUUGUCUUAGAGCCUUGUGUGAGUAAAGUAAAACUAAACCUUUGACCAUCUGUAAUGUAUCAGUUGGAAUCAGAAUGUCUAUAGUGAUUAACUGAAAUAAUAAUUAAAUCCAAAAUGCAUGCAAUGUGGGUAGCAGUCAAUGAAUAAAACCAGCAUGGGAAGGUAAUAAAAAGUCACAACAAUACAUGAAAACCACAGUAUAUUGCACAUUUCUCAGCUGAAUGUAAUAAAUGCAUAUCAAUCAAUAAUGAAGAGUCUGCAGAAGCUGGCAAAUCUCGCAGUUGUGACUUAUUCUGGGGUGUGAAGGGCUGUGCCUGAAAAGGGAGGUUUUGGAAUAGUUUACUACAUGAUUCUUUUUCAUAGAGCCUGAAACUUUAGCUUGGGUGUGCAUUUGAAUUUGGGGGUUUUGAACUGAAAAUAUUAAUUGCACUUUUAAUUUUUGUGAGCUAUUUCAGUUCUUGUCUAUAUUGUAGCAUCUGAGUGACUCAUUGUGUCAUUUGGAAUUGCUGUCCUACACUUUUGAAGAAAAAAAUUAUUUUUAUCUGAGCUUGGAAAAUCUGCUUUAUGGUUGCAUAACACUUUGAUUAUUAAAUGUGUUCAAGUGUUGUCACAAAGCACUGAAAUGCUUCUUUUUUCUUCUCCUCUUGGUCUCUACAAGUUAGUUUUAGACAAUUGCAUCACUGAAUCAUCAGAUGACAAGGCAUCCAAAGACUUCUGUGUAAGUUAAAAGCACCGUUAAAAAAAAAAUGGAGACAUUUUAGAGUUGCUAAAGCAUUUGAUGCAUUGAGAGACAAGUCAUGAUUCCUGGCUUUGUAUUGUAAUACGGGAUUAUCAUCUUAUAAAUCUAGCUGUGUAUUGUCUUGGCUUGUAUUCUCUAAUGCUCCUGGUCGUCCUCAUAGAGGCAGAGGGGUCUUCCAACAGAACUGUUAAAGCAGGGCCUUUUGAGAAUAAGGUAUAAUUUUAAUUUGUUGCAUUGCACAGCGGAUGUACAUCUUUCGCUAUGGCAGUAACGCUGGGAGCAACUACAAGCUCUUGAAAACAGAGUAGCUACUUUGUGUUGGGAUGUUGGACAGCGCCCCUUGCAACUAAAAUAAUAUUAAAGAAAAUAGAUGCCUCACCGCUUACAAUAUUUCUUUUUUUAUUUCUUUUUCCAUUUCAGGAUUCAUACUUCCUGAAAGUACAAAAGUGUGUAUGUGUUUAGUUUUUAUCAUGAGUUUAUUUGUGUCUAGUAAUGCACUGUUUUCAUAUGCUAAACAAAGAUAUAACCAUAUUGGCUCAUAAGAACUCAAAUUUGAGUGUAUAUUUUAGAGAAUAUUCAAAUUUUAGUAGACAGUGCUUGCACCUUUUCAUGGUUUGCUUCAAAGGCAUAAAGGAAUAUACUGUUCUUUGUUGUUGAAAGUUAAGCUGAGAUGAUCUUGCUUCAUACUUGUAUAGGUUGAAUAUAACUUCAGAUAUCUUCAGUGCCCACUGAAGCUUACCAAGAAAUUAAAAGAAGAUGAUGAUAUUGUGUAUGAGCCACUUAUCACUCUUAAUGUAAGCUAUGCUAAUGUGAUUUCAAAUCUACUACUUUAUUUUGUUUUGUUUACUCUAUAUUAUAUUUAUUUUAAUACAUUUAUAAACUAUUUUUUCCAAUUUCUUAAGUGGCCGAGUUGUUGCCAGUCACCCAAGCAACACCCACUUUUUAUGACUCCCUCCAGCCUACAGCAACCCUCUGUGUUAUAUCCCAGACAAUUCAAGAGAGUCCUGCAACCCUCAGGAGUAGCUUUUGGAGGGACAUGGAGGACUUCAAUGGGUGCAUUAGCAAAAAUUGGGUGUUCCACUAAGCACAUGUGGAAGCGCUUUCCUCUAGAGCAAAGCCACUCUUGGUUCUAUCUCAAUUUGUUUGAAGCAACAUUUUCUUAAUUAAUAACAUAUCAUUUAAGACAUUCGGUUUGAUAUUUAUCCUGACUGUCUGCAUCAGGAUAAACAUGAUUUGAAUGAUGUUUUAAUUGACUCUUUGGAGAAUGUGAGGCUUCCAUCAGUAUUUUCUCUUCCUGGAGUAUAAACUGGUAAUUUUCAACUCUUAAAUAUUUUUCACAUUUUUAAAAUAAAGAUACCACACUGUAAUGUUUAAAGAUGUGUGUGUGUGUUUGUGCACACACAUAUAUGUUUCCCCUGAACCUAUGAAGCUGUUAAGAGAUAGCUUUCAGUUAUAAUAUUAGCUUGAAAAUAUUUAAUUGCAUAAAUGGACAAUCUUCAUCUCCCCCCACCCCAGGCCAUGGUCCGUCAUAAUCGUGUUGAACUUCUCAGCCAUCCUGUCUGUACAGAAUAUUUACUCAUGAAAUGGUAGGUAUUUGUAUUACUAGGAUCCCACUGUUCCACUAAUUUUGUUCUUAUUAAGGUUCAUUGGCAGAGAGAAAUCUCCACUGAGAUUUCCAGUGCAUGGACAUGGGAUUUAUAGGAGCUGUAUAACCAGUAUAUCAAGCUUCCCGCAAAUAUCAUGUACAUGAAUUGUAUUUAUGCAUAUUCCAUUAAUUUAAGGGAAAAUGAAAGCUGCUUUCAAGCUGGCAGAGACGUCUAAUCCUUGCUGUUGAGUUUUACCAGGGCGGGGGAAGGGGGGGCGGAAUCCUUUUUAUUCUUUUCCCCAGUGGCAUAGAAAAUAUUGACCUUUGAUAAUACUACAAAAAUACGCAUGGUGACCAUUUUAGGCGCGUCCAACUGAUGCGCAAUCACUGAUGCGUGGGUCCAUUUGGAUUAUACACACUCAAAAAAUGUGCGGGGGGGGGGGAGGGAAAGGAACUCCUGUGCGAAAUGGUCACCGUCUAUAUACCGAAUUAAAUUUUGCUUUACAGGAUGGCCUAUGGGUUUCGAGCACAUCUCAUGAAUCUAGCUGUGUAUUGUCUUGGCUUAAUGCCUCUAACGCUCCUGAUCAUCCACAUAGAACCAGAGGGGUCUUCCAACAGAACUGUUAAAGCAGGGCCUUUUGAGAAUAAGGUAUCAUUUUAAUUUGUUGCAUUGGGACAGUGGCUGUAUCUUUUGCCAUGGCAGUAAUGCUGGGAGUGACUGCAAACUUUUGAAAACAGAGUAGCUACUCUGUGUGGAGGUGGUGGACAGCGCCCCUUGCGACGAAAAUAAUAUUAAAGAAAACAGAUGUCUCCCCAUUUACAAUAUUUCUUUUUUCUAUUUCAGAGUUCAUACUUCACAAAAGUGUGCAUGUGUUUAGUUUUUAUCAUGAGCUUAUUUGGGAUCUGCAAAGAAAUAAUACAGCUCUUCCAACAGGUACGUAUAUAUGGGAUCCUCCUAUUAGAGGGUCCUGGUAGCGCGCGGGCCCUGGGACUUCACCCAUAGAGGUUAAUUGGUGGGGGGAGUAGCUAAAGCCCUGGCCAUAGCCCCUGGAUCACACCAGGCUGUUUUAGCCAAUCCCCAGAGGGUGGCAUGAUCCCAGGGGCUUUAAAAGGCGGCAGCGUGACGCAGGUAGGGGCACUUGCGUCGUGCUGCCAAACACCUGCCCUCCCUCCCUAGGUAGUUUCGUCUGGCCUUGCUUUGGUUUGGGUCGCCUGUUUUGGAACAGGGGCUGGGUAGGAAUUUUUUCCGCAAAUUUGCUCUAGCCACUUGGUUUUUGCCUACCCCUUAGCAAUCAUCACAACUUGUAAGGUGGCAGUUAGGCAUCGGCUCAGUUGGAUUGUGGGGAGGAGAGGUGCAGCCAUCACCUACCCCUCCAGGAACUGGGUAUUCCGUUAAAGGAAGCUGGGGGUCCUGGAUCUCGUCCGAAGCCCGCUUGAGGGGCUAGGGCCAUGCCAGGACCACAGGAUCCCCGGGGUGAGCUUCGGUUGGUCCGCAUUGAUGUUGCUCCCUCAUUUGGUUCAUUUGCUCCCUCAUUGGACUGCAACCCAGAGAGGUGGAGUCAGUUAUGGUCAGGAGUCAAUGCCUAAGCCAAUACCGCUCAUGUGAUUGUAAUUCAAUAAAGUUGUGGCCAAAAUUUGCCCCAAAACGUAAAACUAAAAUAUGUGUCUGAGUGAAGAUAUUUUCGGGGGUGGGUCCUGGGGGCCUCGAGGUGCAAAUAUAUACACACGUGGCCUUCCUUUCUCAUUUCUUGAAGUGUUUUUUAAUGUGCAGUUAAAACAAAGUUCUGCCUUUUGGAAAGAAAAUCCUCCUUCACGACACAGAGAGAACAUGAGGUGACAUCUGUUUUAAUUCAUUUUUGACAGUGUUAACACCUAUUUUUGUCUUUUAUACUCUAGAAACUUAAGUAUCUCUUGGAUUAUUCGAAUCUCCUCGACUGGACAAUUUAUACUACAAACAUCAUUUUUGUAUCAUCUUUAUUUAUUCAACUUCCAGUUCGUUUGCAGUGGGAGUGUGGUGCAAUUGCUAUAUUCUUGUCUUGGAUGAAUUUCUUGCUAUAUCUGCAAAGGUAAACUACAGUGCUCACUCUGCGACAAUGUAUAUGGCUAGAGUUGACUGGGAACCAGGGAUGAGGGAGCUACCUCAUCUCACAUGGUAUCAGUCAGCAAGGUCAAUGAGUCAAGAUGUUGGGAACUGAAGUCUGACAUCAGCUGGAGGGUCACAGGGACCCUUAACCCUGAUGGAGAGGUAGAGUCACCUAGGUUAAAAAAUGCUAUUGUUACUGAAGGACUCAACCACUAUGGAAACCAUAUAUGGAGGCCUAGAUCUUAACUACUAGAUUGGGCCAAUUAUCAGUGACAGUUUGUCAGCUUCCUUCACAGAAGCAUAAUACAGUGGUACCUCAGGUUACGCACUUAAUUCGUUCCGGAGGUCCAUUCUUAACGUGAAACUGUUCUUAACCUAAAGCACCACUUUAGCUAAUGGGGCCUUCCCGCUGCUGCCGCACUGCCGAAGCACAAUUCUGUUCUUAUCCUGAAGCAAAGUUCUUAACCUGAGGUACUAUUUCUGGGUUAGCGGAGUCUGUAACCUGAAGCGUAUGUAACCUGAAGCGUAUGUAACCCGAGGUACUACUGUUUGUUGAUGCUAUACAUAUAGCUGGGUUUUUUAUAUAUAUAUAAGAAGAUUGUUAAUUAUGGUUUUUUCCCAUAUAUAUCUUCCUAGAUUUGAGAAUUAUGGAAUAUAUGUUGUGAUGUUUUGGGAAAUUUUGAGGACGUUGAUCCGGAUCAUCAUUGUCUUCUUCUUCUUGAUGUUAGCCUUUGGGCUCAGCUUCCAUGUUCUUCUCGGUUCACAGGUUAGAAAUGUCACCUUUGUGUAAUACUUUGUUUAUUAGAAAUAGAAAUUACAUUUAUUUACAAAAAAAGUUUUUAGCAACAAUGCAUAAUAUUAUGAAAACUCUUCUGUGUGUUUUGCGCUGGACAGUCAUAAAUUCUGGGACUAAUGGCCAUCAGGUUGAUGCCUUUAUUAUUUCAGGCACUUGAACAACAACAAUAAUUUAUACCCAUCUGACUGGGUUGCCACUCUGGGGCAGCUCCCAAAUAAAUAUUAAAAACACAAUGAAACAUAAUAAAUGAGAUGUACUGCUGGAUGGAACUUGUAUUCCAAACACUGAAAAUGAUUUUUUGCACUCUUCUGUUAAAAGUGAUUGUUGUUUAGUUGCUUUAUGGAUUUCCUCUCUUUGGAAAAAAAAAGUUUGAUCUUAAAGCUAUUUCACAUGUAUUUUAUGUCUCCUUUUUCUCCUUUUUAAAAUUUCUUUGUAGGAAACAUAUGGCACUCCAUAUCUUUCUGUAAUGCAGACAUUUGCCAUGAUGCUAGGAGAUAUCAAUUAUCGUGAAGCUUUCCUUGAGCCAAUGCUUUCCGAUCAUCUGCCAUAUCCAUUCCUGAGUUUUGCAAUGCUUGUUAUCUUCUCUCUCCUUAUACCAAUCCUUCUUAUGAACUUGUUGGUAAGAAUUAAAUGUGUUAAAUAUGGAAGCUGGUGUUAUAGCCAAACUGCUUGCAUAUCUGUCUGUCUGUCUAUCUCUCUAACUUGUAUGUGAGAGACAGGGAUAAAUUUUCUUUCAGAAAAUAUUACAGAUGGAGUAGAUAGCAGCAUUGACCAUUUUUGCAUUUUGGCUUGAUGUGGGCAGACAAAUUCACAGUCUUGCAUUUACUGCCUCAGAGGAGGCUGACUUGUACCAGGUCAGGCUAAUUGUCACUGUAAUUUUUUCAGCACCUGCUAGAAACACUUUUCUUUAGAGAAGUCUGCACAGAUAUUUAGAAAGUUGAUACUAGUUUUCAUCUGUUUUUAGUUUAUUGCUACUUUAUUUAUUUAUUUAUUGUAUUGGUCGCUUUAUUUUUGCGAAAGGCAAUUCAAAGCGAAUCACAACCAAAGCACAAACAAACCCAAAACUCCGUAUACAUUAAUUCUGAUCAAAAGAAAGGCUUUGCAAAAGAGGAUUAAAAAUGUAAUAUUAUAAUAAUUCAAAACAAUAAGAAAUUCCUAUCUAAAACGUAUCAUCUCUUACUGGACUGGGAAUUGAUGGAUGAAGAAGUGAAAGAAACGAUGAUCAAAUGGGCCCAAGAUGUCAGACAUACUAUUUAUCUAGAGCAACGGGAGAAACUCUGACAAGAAGAUAAUCGAUUUACCGCCUCAUAUACAAUUAAAUAAAAUGUUAUCAAGAUGUUCCAUAGGUGGUAUUUAACACCAUUUAAGUUGGCAAAGAUGUAUAAAUUGAAAUCCAAUCUCUGUUGGAAAUGUGGCAAAGAAAUAGGAACAACAAUACAUAUGUGGUGGAGGUGUAAGGAAAUUAAGAAAUUCUGGACAGUAAUACAAGUAAUACAUGAAGAAUUGAAGAAGAUGUUGAAAAUAUCAAUAAUUAAAAAACCAAAGAUAUAUCUUCUUCGAUUGAUAGGGGAAGAGAUACCAUGGGGUGGGGUGGGGAAUCUUCUUAUAUGCAAGUACAGCAGCUAGAGUAGUGAUUGUGGCUAAAUGGAAAUCACAAACUCUACCUUCAAGGGAGGAAUGGAUUUGUAAGUUAAAUGAAUACUUAGCUUUGGCAAAGUUAACAGCUGUGAUAAGAAAUCAAUUGAAUCAAAAAUUUAAAAAGGAGUGGAAAUGCUUCGAUGAAUAUAUGGAAAAAUAUUGCUCAAAAAAAGAUAUGCUAAUAUGCCUAGAUUAAAAAUGCAAAGUAUUUAAAUUAAUGCAAGUUAGCAAGGAAGGACAAUAAGAAUAUAUAGAUGAAUCAAGAAGUAUGUAGAAUGCUAAGAUAAAUGUAUUUUCAAAAUGUAGAGGAAAUCGAGGGGGGAAGGGACAAAAUAAAAUGAUAUUUGAUUGAGGAUGUAAAUGAUAAAUAUAUGUUGGGAUGGGGCUGACAUGGUGAAGACUUUGUUUUAUUUGCAAUAUGAUGUAAUAUGGAAGUAAAUAAAUUAAGUGGUUUUUAAAAAAACCCCAAAACAACCCUGUAUACAUCACAACAAAGAGAGAGAAAAUACAUUGAAAAUACAUUGAAAACAUCCCUCCCAUUUUAACUUUUUGAAAGUCUUAAAUUAUUGUCAUUAAUUCUUCCUACUGAUUUUGUUUUAUCUUUUCUGACAACUGCUUUGAGCAGUUUUUCUGUUUUUACAAUCAUGCGGUGUAGAAAUUUUACAAAAUAAAAUAAAUAAAACUGUGAAUGCCACCAGAUAAAGCUGUGGUAUUAUGCGAAAAUGCUUCCUAAAUCUGGAUGCGAGCAAAUGCUUUGUUUCACUGCAACAUAAUUACAUCCAGUGGUAUACUGCAUAGCUGUCAACCUUUUCCCUUUUUUAAGGGAAAUUGCCUUAUUACUAAUAGGAUUCCUCGCAAGAAAAGGGAAAAGUUGACAGCUAUAGUAUACUGUAAGGUUACUUUUAAUUUUGAAAACCUAAUUCCUUAUACAUUUGGGAAUAAUUUAUUUCUUCUCAGAAAUAAUGUUAAUGUGGAACAGAAUGGAAACGCAGGAAAAGCAUGGGAAUCAAAAUGGCCUUGUUAACUCUGCUUUGCGUUUUAUAGAUUGGCUUGGCUGUUGGUGACAUUGCAGAGGUACAGAAAUUUGCAGCACUGAAAAGAAUAGCAAUGCAGGUUUGUGACAGACAUUCUGGCUAUUAUAUUCAUUGCAAUGGGUGAAACUUUCCCUUGGGCUAGCAUUGAAUUAGAGUUGAGAAAUACCUUGGUUUAUUCUGAGCUAAUUCAUGUUAAAUGUGGUCAUUUUGUUUAGGUCAGUCUUCACACAAAUUUGGAGAAGAAACUGCCAUACUGGUUUCUCAGCAGAGUUGACCAGGAUUCGAUCACUGUGUAUCCUAAUAGGCCAAGAUAUUGUGGAUUUAUGGUAAGAUGGAUGAAUAAUUCCUUCUAAAGUGUAUUCUGAUUCCUAUGCGUUCAUCCAAACAUAUACACACAAGAGAAGGGGGGUGAAAGUUGAUUGCUUAAUUUAAUAUGUCUUUCCCUACUCAAAUUAAUACAGAAAACUGAACUCAGUCUCUCUGGGAAAACUCCUAAUUCUUGGUGAUGCCACCAAAAUACAUAUUUUCUCACUCUGAAACUGCAAAUCUUCUUGGUUUCAUAAUGUGAACAAAUUCUAUGAAUUUUUGUUUUUUGUUUUUGCAGAGUGUGUUUCAAUAUUGCUUUGGCUGUAAUGAUAUAGCAGCAAAUACGCAGGAUGCUGACACAUCUUUGGAACUAGAAGUAUUGAAACAGAAGUACAGGUAUUUUUUAUUGGGUGUUUCUUCUGCUUUCUAAAUGUUUGUACAAAGAAAAAACGUAGUCAGGUUUUAGUUAAUGCCAGUGUUAUGGUGUUAUGGUCUACUUGCAGCCAUUAUAGAAUUACUUGUCCAGAAUCUACAUCUCAUUGUAAGCCUUAUUUACCAGGAUGAAGAUAGCAAGCUACUGCAGAGUUUUAAACACAUCUUUCUCAGAAUCAUGCCCCAAAGAAAAAGCAAAGUUUGGCAGGCCACAUUAAAAGUUGUUUAUUAUUAUUAUAGCUGUUAUGUUACUCCCCACCACCACCAACCCACAUUCUUGGCUGAAGAGUAUACAGCUUGCACCAUUUCCACUUUUUGGCCUACAGGACAUCUAAAAAUGGCUAAGGAGAGGGGUGAAAAACAAGGAAUUUUCCAUGCCUUCCAUAGUUCAUGCUUUAAUACAGCUUUGGAAGCACAGAGUUAAAACAACCACUGUCCUGGUUAAAAAUUAAGACAUAAAACAAAUGAAAAAAUAUACUCUGCAUCCUAUGAAAGGAGUAGCAAAAUGCCCUUGAGAAAGAUCAUCAGUAUUGAAAUGCAUUGUUCAUACUACUAAAUAGUUAAUCCUUUUGCCUGCAGAUAUUUCCCUUUCUGUUUUUUCACUGUGGAUUGAUGCAGUUCUCUGGAUCAGAAUUAAAUUAAAAUAGCCUAAAAUAUAGAAAUAGCAUAGCCUAAAGUAGUAUAAGUACGGUUUAAGUAUUAUUAUUUUUUCCUUUUCAAGAGAUGAAUGAAGUAUAUUUAAAGUGUUUUUUUUGUAUUUAAUGUUAUGAAGAGUUCUGCAUCCUGAUAUAUGUCUUUUUGUGUUUUAGGCUUAAAGAUAUUGCAGCACUUAUGGAGAAACAGCAUGACCUCCUUAAACUGGUUGUUCAAAAAAUGGAAAUCAUAUCUGAGGCUGAGGAUGAAGACACAAACGAUCUAUUCCAGCACAAAUUUAGGAAGAAGCAAUUGGAGCAUAAAAACAGUAAAUGGGAUACAGUAUUAAAGGCAGUGAAAUGCAAACCUCCCGAGAUCUAGGGCUGCCCCCAGCAGCAGCUGAGGGAGGUGGCUUUCAGGCAGGAAUCAUUCACCACAUGUGAGGCAAGGAAGAGAGGAGAUGAAAGUUUGCCCUUUACCCAAACCAUCCAGAUGUAGCAGUGAGGGUAUCCUGGGCAGCACUAUGCAAAUGUAUAGUUGCUGACUAGCAGACCCCGUAGUCUUCUCUGUUUUAAUCAUCCUAACUAGUCAGCAACUACUUAGAAUCAUAGAAUCAUAGAGUUGGAAGAGACCACAAGGGCCAUCGAGUCCAACCCCCUGCCAAGCAGGAAACACCAUCAGAGCACUCCUGACAUAUGGUUGUCAAGCCUCUGCUUAAAGACCUCCAAAGAAGGAGACUCCACCACACUCCUUGGCAGCAAAUUCCACUGUCGAACAGCUCUUACUGUCAGGAAGUUCUUCCUAAUGUUUAGGUGGAAUCUUCUUUCUUGUAGUUUGGAUCCAUUACUUGCCUGUAGGAUGCUAUCCCUACCUCACGGUUUCUCUGUGAUGGCUUUUGCUAAGAGUGAGCUUAGCACUACUCAAGCAUACUUCCUUGCACUUCGUUGUCUAAAAUACUCCCUUCCCUCCUGGCUGCCUUCUGAUGGCUAUGUUUGAAAACUGGCUAUCCCUUCCUACUUAUCAGAGGCUGCUGGUUCCUGCCAGAAAACCACUUCACUAGCUACCUCUGGCUGUAGCGAAAACUCUGUUUGAAUGUUGUUAUACUUCAUGUCUAUAUAUUUCUGCCUCAGCUAUUGCUAAGGACAGGGCCUCUUCUCCAGUUGCAUGGUUAUAAUAAUACUAGUGAAGUUUGCAUAAUGUAAAGAGAGAUGUUCUCGUCCAGAGAGUGUGUUAAAUACCUCUUAACUCUUUAUCUUAUCACAUGUAGCGUGAACACAAACAAAGAGGAUAAGCAAUGAUUUAAUGUAGCAAAUAGCUGGUUCAUAGAAUACUCAGUCAGCACAAGUCCCAGUUAAAUCACUGGAGCAUCUCAAAGUAUACAUGUAAGAAGUAUAUGAAUAGGAAGUACAGUUGACUUGCAACUUGUGCAAUUGCAGCUUUACAUAUUUGGUAGCCUGCCGUAAUCGCACAGAUAUAAUGCAUGCAAGGCGGAGAGCUUAAAAAAAUCUUUCCACACCAGGUUUUCCUGCAGUGGAGAGCUUAUUUAAUGGCUCUGGGAAGCUCUUGUGUAUGAUCUGGGAAGGUCUUGCAAGAUAUUGUAAACUGCCUUGUGUAUAAAGGUAAAGGGACCCCUGACCAUUAGGUCCAGUCGUGACCAGAAAGGCAGCUUACAAAUUAAAAGUGAAAUGAAAUCUCGCAAAUGUCUCCAGAGUCAGUUAAGCAAGACAGAGAGUUUGUUACACACGUAACAGAGCACAGAACAAGGUAGUACAUUCCUUCAGUAUCCCUUCCUCAAAGCACUGUGAUUGAAGAGCUCCAAUCAGCCUUUCUCAACCUGUGGGUCCCCAGAUGUUGUUGAACUACAAUUCCCAUCACCCCUAGCUAGCAAGGCCAGAGCUCACGGAUGAUGGGAGUUGUAGCCCAACAACAUCUGGGGACCCACAGGUUGAGAACUGAUGAUUCCAGCCAGUCACAAAAUAGAUUUCCAACCUGCCUUCCUAUGCUGGCAUCAUCUGUUUUUUCCAAGCAGGAGAUGGAAUUCUUCAAUUUUUGCAGACACAAUGUCUGCAGGUGGUUUUAUUUUUAGACUAUCAGAACCUCUUAAUUUCCUUAUAUAGUUUCAGAAGUGGUUUAGAGAGAUCUGCUUCAGCUCAAACAAGCCCCAAAUCUGUACAAAGCAGCCUCCCCAGUAUAUAGCUCAGAAUUCAUCCAGAUCUAAUGUCCAUUCCAAUGCAUACACUUGGAUUUAUUGUAUAUUGAUUUAAAUUUGUGUAUGAUCCAGUUGCUGCUUUUCACUCUCACUGCUGUCCAUGGGAUAGUCAAACCCUCUGCUUAGCUCUCAAUCCAUUGGACUUUAAGGGUGGAAUCCUGUGAACACUUACGCAUAAGUAAGCCCCACUGAAAUGGGAGGGUGUGGCAAAGUAUGAACUUCUGAAAUAGUAAAUGCUACUUUAGGAAGGCACAUUUUUGUUCUCUGUCAUUUCUGGCAGCCCCAGUCAUUUCAUUUUCUAUUCAUUAUAGCCUCAUUCAAUUUUCCUUACUAAGUUAAUCACGGUGGAUUCCUAGCUUGUCUCCCAAAGCGUUUAGUGUUUUCCAUUCCAAAUGCUAUGAAAUAUUCAGGUGUAGUAAGGCCGUCAGCCCUGCCAUGAUUCGGACAGAUUGGAUAAAUGCCCCCCCCCCCCCAUUUCACAAGCAAUUAAAAAGGUUUGUUGUCUUCAGCAUGGAAGACUUUAUUCUUCAGAUUGGACAGUUUUCGUGUACCUUCUCCCUUCCCUGCACACAGUUCUCUCAAUGUUUCAGUUUGCUAAACAAUGGGAUGUUUCAGAACUGUGUCUUGUGAGAAAUGAUUGAAAGCACAGUAAUAUUAAUGAAUGGGAGAAACUAAUCAAAAGGAUUUUCAUUUGUUUGUCCCAUCUGUUUCUAUUUUUCAGUCAUUUCUCGUGAUACUUGGAAACUAAUGGGGCUCAUUCAUUUGUUUUUUCGUUUUUUGGGGGAAGGGGGAAUUGCACCCCUAGUUAAAAUGACUAAAUGCAUAUUUACCUGUGGGACACAAUAACAUAGAAACAGAACACUGAAGUGCAAAGGAAUAUGGAAUUAAACUGGGGCAUGUGUUCGCUUGAUUAACAAUCUAAUUCAGCUUGCUUAAAUCUCACUUGUUUUAUCUUAAACACUGGCUCUGCUGUAUCACAAUUACAUGAUGUAACCUAUUAAGCAUGGGCUAAAAUAAUAUCUCAGUCUGUGUUGCUAUUAACCAUUGUUGAAACUGUGUAGCAUUCUUCCUUUUCCAUAAAGAUCUCAAUAAAACUAUCUUUGCCUACGCC